CCACUGCAAGGCAGUCGGGUCUGAAAUACUUGUUCUCGGGGCUUGUAUAUUAUGACUCCUGUUCCUUACAAUGGCCAAGCGAUCGAAGACGACGCUUUCAAGGUCCUGAUCACCGGCUUUGGGCCCUUCGCAAACAUCUCACAGAAUCCGUCAUGGAUGGCGGUCAAGGACCUGCACAAUGAGGUACUGGUUGUCGACCCUACUGUCGAGCCAGUUCCUGUUGAGCCGCCCGCGGCAAGCUUACCGCCGCCACCCAAGCGCGCUCCGCCCCCACAAGGCCCGCUGCCUCCACUUGGUGCAAAGCCGGAACCCCCAUCUGACAAGAUGGACACGACUCCCGACCCUGUGCCAGCGCCAGCGCCUCCGCCCCCACCCCCACCUGCACCCGCGCCUCCCCGAGCGCCCCCCUCUGACCCAUCCUCCGACCCCAUUCCGAUCGAGAUCGACCGGGACCCGCGUCAAAUACACAUAACCACGCAUCAGGUUCCCGUAAUAUACCAACACGUACUGGACGAAGUACCUACCAUGCAUACACGCCCGCCCACCUUCAAGCACAUGCCCGAACUGACUCCCGAGAUACCCGCUCCCGAGAAGGGAUACGACUUCGUCUUGCACGUCGGAGUCGCAGGUCGUGGACCGCUACGGGUGGAACGGAGGGGACACAAGAUAGGCUACUUGAUGAAGGAUAUCACCGGCGAGCUGCCACCCAUCGUGGCAAAAGCGGAACUGACGGAUCAGGAGAAGGUCGAACUGGCGAUGGCGCAAAGGCAUCGGGCUGCGAACAACCUAGAUGAGAAGGAAGCGAAAGUCGCGGAGGUGCCAAACCGCGGGUUCGGUGUUGGGUACGAGAAGAUGCCCGCCGAGCUCGAGACAGACAUCAACGUGCCAAAGCUCAUACACUACAUCAAGGAAUCUGGGAUGGAUGAAAUUUACUCGUCAAUGGACGCUGGCUACUAUCUGUGUGAUUUCAUCUACUACUGUUCUCUCGCCGAAGCCCAGCGUGCAGUGGCACCCUCUUCCAACUCUCCCAACCACCCCGAAACUCCCGACCGCCCGCGACCAACAAAGGUCCUUUUCCUGCAUGUCCCUCCAGUCGGUCAGCCUUUGAGCACCGAAGAAGUAACAGAAACUAUCAAGAAGAUCGUGAUAUGGGUUUGCUCUGGGUUGGUUUAGGGGCGUGCAAUCAUAGCCUGACUGUUUUGUAUACCAAAGGCACGCAGGUACUAGCUUCACUGGUCCAGAACUGUCGUCGUCCCAUGAUGCACUAUAUCGUGUAGCUAUUAUUGGGAUCAACAUCACAUCAUGUAUGACUAUCGUAUUGCUGAUCUACGGGGAACUAUCAACGUGGCAUGUCCGUGAGGAAAUCAACUUGCAAGACUCCAAUAUCCUAUGAGGCCGGAUUGUUGGUAGGCGCUGCUGUGCCUGAUAUCGGCUUUGGAACGGGCUGGGAAACGGGAGUUGGACCAGCAU